AUGAUGAAUAAUUGGGAAUAUUUUCUGGAAAACAUAAAGAACUUGCUGAUACUAUAUGAAGAGGAAGCCGAGGAAUGGGCCAUGUACUUGCGAGAUGUCCUCCUUCAUGUUAUGAAGAUGGAGGAAAUGCUGUUAUAUAGCUUGACCAACUCCUCUGACCGGCACUUGGAAUUGCUGGGCUUACACUCUUACAAAUGUAAACUACUGAUAUUAUCAAAUAGCCUGCUGAAAGGUCUGACCCCUAGGAAACGCCAUUUUUUGGACAUACUGCUCCAUUCACCAGAGAGUGUGGUCAUCCUGCUUUGUGGAGUAAAGAGUUCAGAUGAGCUUUAUGAAUUAUUAACCAUUUCCCGAGGCAGCCAGGAGAUCUCCACUGAGCAGGAGCCAGAAGAUUACAUCUCAGUUAUCAGGGGCAUCAUACAAAGAGGAUCCCAGAAUUACUUUGAAGUUAACACUCCACUAGAAAUAGUAAUGGAACUCUGUACAGAAAUAAAUAUGACAACGGAGACUGAGGCAGCAUCAGAGACUUUUGAAAGCAAUGUGUCAUCAGUACUAGUGCUACCAGAUAAAAUAUCUUGUGAGGAUCCUGGUGACAUAUUCAUUCUUUUGAAAGAUGAAAUAAUUGGUGACAACAUCGAAAUUGAAUUUGCUACAGACAGCAAGUGUGUUAGAACCCAGCCACCCCUUUGGAGCAAGACCAUCAGGUGUAUGAAAGCUUUAGAUUUCCCUGCUGGCUCUGUCAAUGUAAAUGUCUACUGUGAUGGAAACAUUAAAGCCACAACUGAGAUUAAAUAUUACACACUAGAAAAGGAGUUUGAACACUCACUGGAAGAGUCUGAUCCAGGAGAUGUGGCUCAACAGGCCUCAUUAGAAGAAUUUGAUAAUAUUCUCACCUCCAUAUUCAAAGCUGAGAUACCACAUUAUGAUCUUAGAAAUCUCCAACAAGAAAUGCACCAUCAAGAAAAUAAACAAUUUCAAGAACUUCCCACCCUUCUCCACUGUGCAGCAAGGUUUGGCUUAAAGAAUUUGGCUGUCCAUUUACUUCAGUGUUCAGGUGCGACUUGGGCAUCAAAAGCUAGAAAUAUAGAAGGAGCAGACCCUGCACAUAUUGCUGAAAAUCAAGGUCAUGAGGAGAUCAAGAGAAUCCUUGAAGAAUUUUCAAUGCAUGAUGAUAGCAGAAAUGACAAUCUUGAAAGUGAGUAUGUAGAAAAAAUAGAAGAUGUGAUACCGUCAGCUUCUCCAUUUGGUUCUGCAAUGAUGCAGCACACAUCAUAUCAUCAUGGAAGAGGGCAGAUCUACAAGGAGGAAGCAGAGGAAGAAAAAAAGGAAGGGGAAGAGGAACAAGAUGAUGAAGACAAGAGACAGGAGAAAGGCAGCGGGGUUGAGUCAGAUGAUGAGCUGUAUGUUGUCAUUUCUGGGAACAAUCAGGAAGGGAAUUCAAAAGAUCCCUUGUUCUCUGACAGACCCCCUCCCCCACCUCCUCGAGCUGUGGUUUCUCCCAUUGGGCUAGAAAAGCUGCAUUGUCUGUUACCAGGGAAAAUACAGGAAGGACCAAGUGAACAAAGCCAGGCCUGGUGUGAUCUUCAAAUUAAAAAAGACAGAGAAGGUGAGCUGAAGAGGGAAAAGGAAAAGAAAGAAGAGUAUGAGGAAGAAGAGGAGGAAGACCCUUACACCUCGGCAGAAACUGUUGAGAACGAAUAUGACAUAAUCUUGGCCAAUGGGAGUAUAAAGAAAAAAAUAGGUGGCAGGUCUUUCAUUAUAAACAGACCUCCAGCCCCAGCCCCAAGACCAAGAAGUGUUCCCAUUAAAGAGGAGACUAUACCUUUUAUAGCUCAAGUGUUUCAGCAGAAGACCACCAGACCCCAGCAUGAUGGUGACAAGCUCCAGGCUCCUGUCAAAAAGUCAGAUAGAAUUAUCAUGGACAAUCAACGCUGUUCUGCCCUGAAAUGUUGCAUUCCCUCUGGCCAAGAAGAACUCAUACUUUUACAGGAAAAAGUAAAAACUGGAGAAAUUUCUAUGGAUGAAGCUUUGAAGAAAUUCAAACAGUGGCAAACCGAAAAAAGUGGACUUGAAAUUAUUCAGCAGGAAAAGUUACGACAGCUCCGAGACUGCAUUAUUGGGAAGAGACCAGAGGAAGAACACUUCUAUGAUAAAAUCACUAUUGUGCACCAUCCAGAUUUUAAAGAUACUGCCCAAAAUGAAAACAUUUUGUAUGGAACACCUGUUACCAAUAAGCUUCCCCCUCGCCCCCAAGUAGAUAAAGAGUAUGGUUUCUGUUGGAGAAAAGAUAUUUAAGGAGAAUAUUCUACUGGAGCCUAAGGGUCUAUAAAUGGAUCAAGUCUGUGUUUGGCUUAUUUGAUUUUUCAAAAGCAAGCUUAUAUUAUGGCAAAAGAAAUCUCUCCCUCCAGUUGCCCUUGAAUAUAAGAAUUGUUACUAUCAAUCCAGAGUGGAAAAAUGAACAUUUCUGUCAUUAAGACAAAAUGAUAAUAAUGGUUAGCAUUCCUACAGGACUUUAAGGUUUGCAACAUGAUUUACAAAUCUUAUUUCAUCUUAUGCUCACAACAACUUUGGGAAAUGGGUCCCUAUUUUUAUAAUGAGGAAACAUAGAGACAGAGGUUAAAUAACUUGCCCAAGGUCACAUAGUAACUAUUAGAGGCCAGACUGGAAUUCAGGUCUUGUGCCCUAUCUACUGUGCCACCUAGCUGCCUCAAAAUAUGACAAAUGUUAUAAUUUUGGUCUUUGAAAAUACUUUCCAUCUUACAAUGUCAAAUGCCAGCAGACCACCUAGCUCCCAUUUUCACAAAUGGGCAGAGAAGAUAGAUAUGUGAUUUUAUCAAUGUCAAGGUUGUUAAUCCAUGUCUCUUGAAUUAAGCAAGACACCACUCCUUGCAUCAUUGGGGGAAAAGGAAGAAGUAUGAGUGCUAAUUUGGGCAACUUUAAUUUUUGAAAGUAUAUUAUUAGGAUUUAUUUUGAGCACAAUAAUGUAAAAAAACCCUGAAAGACUUCCUAAGUGUGAUCAAAGCAGUCCCCAGUUGUGAUUUCAGAAGCUUUCACCCAUCUCCUGGCAGAGAAGUGAGAGACAAGUGGUAUAAAAUGAGAUAUACAUCUGAAGAUGUAUGACCAAUAUGUUGAUUUAUCUCUCUUGACUACUUGUUUUGUUAUAGGGAACAACUUCAAUUGGGGGCGAAGAGAGAGUUAUUGGAUAGUGAUAGAUUUCAUUGCAAAAAACACAAUAAAACUUUUUUAAAAUACACAGAAAAAAAACAAAAAAGGAACAAAAGGGGAGAAAAACAAAUAUGUUAAAUUUAACAUAAACUUCUUAAAACUAUAUGUAAAAGAAGCUCAUAGGCAGCUAGAGGGUGCAAUAGACAGAGUGCCAUGUCUAGAGUCAGGAACACCUGAGUUCAAAUCCAGAUUCAUAUACUUCCUUGCUGUG